AUGGUUACAUUACCCACUUUUGAUCCUGAUACCAAACAUGAUGUCCAUGCACCUGCAUCCACUUAUUACACGACUGGCGAUAAUGCAAGACAAAGAACUAGAACUUAUACGAAAAGUCGCCUAGACUUGCAGGCCAGUGGCAACAAUCUCGAAGGCACUCGUAGACGUCGUGCUUCUCAUGACGACAAGAACAAAGCACGCCGUUUUUUGAUUGAUGUAGAAGAGACACAGCGCAAGAUUCUGGAGCAAGAAGACACGGAUGGCGAUUUCCAAAUCACUAUCAACGAUUUGGGCCCUAAAACCAUGUCUUUGGGCACGGCUGAUUCGGGCGGAUACCGCAAAAUUGAUAUUCGUGGUACCUACAUGUUGUCCAACUUGUUGCAGGAACUGGCGCUGGCCAACGAUUACGGACGAAAGCAUAUUGUACUAGACGAAGCUCGUCUCAACGAGAACCCUGUGGAUCGUCUGUCUCGCAUGAUCAAGUUUAACUUUUGGGAUGGUCUUACCCGUCGCAUUGAUUCAGACUCAUUGGAAGUAAUUUGUCCUGAUCCCAAGAACAGAUCGUCUAACAAGAACCCUCGCAUCUACGUGCCAUACAACGACAAGGAAGCCUACGACUUUUACACGCAAGUGAGCCACGUACGCAAGCACUUGAAUCUGGAAGUAGUGUACCUGCCUGAGAAGAUCACGGCGGAAUACACCAAGAGCAUCAAUGAUCGUCCGGGCCUCUUGACGCUGGCUAUGCGUAAAACAAAAGACGAGCAAGGCAACGAUACCUAUGUUGGAGAGCCCUUUGUUGUGCCAGGUGGACGAUUCAACGAAAUGUAUGGUUGGGACUCUUAUUUUUCAGCAUUGGGGCUACUGGAAGAUGGUCGCACCGAGUUGGCUCGCAGCAUGGUGGAGAAUUUCGCCUAUCAAAUCAAGCAUUACGGCAAAAUCCUCAACGCCAAUCGCUCCUACUAUCUGUCUCGCUCUCAGCCGCCCUUUUUGACUGACAUGACACUCAAGGUCUUUGAGCGUCUGCACCCUCAAGAUGAAAAGGAAAACAAGGCAUGGUUAAGACGCAUUCUCAAAUCUGCCAUCAAAGAGUAUUGGGAGGUGUGGAUGUCUGAGCCCAGAUUGGACAAGAAGACCAUGCUGUCAAGGUAUCGACCUGAUGGUUCUGGUAUUCCUCCCGAAACAGAGGCCUCGCAUUUUGUACAUAUCAUUGAGCCCUUUGCAGAGAAACACGGCCUCACUGUAGACGAAUUCAACCAGAAAUAUAAUGACGGUAUCAUCAAGGAACCCGAGUUGGACGAGUACUUUUUGCAUGAUAGAGCAGUGCGUGAAUCCGGACAUGACACCACGUAUCGAUUUGAAAAGGUUUGCGCCAAUUUGGCCACUAUCGACUUGAAUUCGCUGCUAUACAAGUAUGAAAUGGACAUUGCUGAUGCUAUGGUAGACUAUUUGGACGAUGAUUUAGAGGAUUUCGAUGGUGUCAAGCAGAGCGCUGAAGACUGGAUGGAGAGAGCAAAGCAAAGACGGGAGCGCAUUGACAAGUAUUUGUGGAACGAAAAGGAGUCCCUCUAUUUCGACUAUGACACUGUCAAGGAAGAACAGAUUACCUACGAGAGUGUCACUUCAUUUUGGGCGCUCUGGGCUGGUUGUGCCAGUGAUCAUCAAGCGCAAGAGAUGGUCAAGCAUUCACUGUCCAAAUUCGAAGUAAUGGGUGGUUUGGUCUCUGGUACCGAAGAGUCGCGUGGUGUUACAUCGCUUGAAAGACCUAACCGGCAAUGGGAUUUCCCAUUCGGAUGGAGUCCUCAUCAAAUGCUGACUUGGGUUGGUCUAGACAAAUACGGCAUGAGAGAUACAGCUGCCAGAUUGGCUUACCGUUGGUUGUUUACUAUCACCAAGGGCUUUGUCGAUUUUAAUGGUGUUGUGCCCGAAAAAUUCGAUGUCGUCAGUCUAUCCCAUAAAGUAGAGGUGGAAUACGGUAAUGUGGGCACAGACUUCAAAUGCGUUCCUCGAGAAGGUUUUGGCUGGAUGAACGCCUCGUAUCAAGUGGGUCUCAGCUACUUGACGACUCAAAUGCGUCGUGCCUUAGGUGCUUGCACACUGCCUGAUUUGCUGUUUGAAAAGGCAAUGAUCCGCGAACAUCGUAUGCUGGGUAUGACGCCUGAAGAAGAAGAGGCUGCCAUGCUUCGUCGUCGCACAUCCACUUUGGCUGCCAGAGCCAUUACGCGCAAUGGUAGCAUCAGUGCUGCUGUUACUCGUAUUUCUUUGUCGGAUGGCUCCAGCAAUGCCACUUCUUUUUAG